UGGACAUCCUCGCAGCUCACAGACAACAAUCGAUAAGUGCACUGACAGUUGCUCACUUACCUCCGCUCUAGCAUUUCUACGUGGUCUUUACAUUCCGAGUCGCAUUGCCUUCAAUUCCUCUCAAGGAACUGUAACGCAUAGCAAAACAAACCCGGAGACAGAUCUCAUUCUGGCGAUUGUCCCGGCAUAAUACUAGCAUACCAAGCUGCACAGUGGAUAAGGAACAUGGCUCGAGUGACCCGAUCGAAGAAAAUCGAAAUCGCCGAAGAUCAUACUGCCCUUGCGAGUCAGACGCCGUUACCUGACACACCUUCGCAGCAAACACAGCCUCUUACUGAAGUUCACAAUUCAAUGGGAGCAGAUAUAGCUGCAAUGGGCGACAACACAAUUGCUACUGAUAUUAAAGGCUUGAAAGCUGCCUACAAAGCUGCGCUUGGAAUUGGAAUUGGAAAGAAGGCGAAAAAGAGCAAGGCCAAGAAGGGAAAGCAGGAUCAAGAAUCAGAGGAUACUAUCACAGAGCAGUUCAUUUCUGCUGGCGAUAGUCCUGUUCCUGAAGCAACUCGUCUCCUACUUCAGAGCCGCGAAGAACAUGCAACAAUCAACAAAGAGCAACAAAUCGUCCCUGCGCCACGCAUUACUCGCCGUCAAUUAGCACAAGCACAAGCAGCGGAGGAAGCUCUUGCAAAGCAGGGAGCCGUUGCGCAAGACACAAAAAAUCAGAUUGAGGCUGUGGUACUUACUGUGCCGGCAGAAAUUACAAGUGAUUCUGGGGAUUCAGCCACCGAACAAGCAACAGUAGUUAGCCAGGCUACUCCAUCUCCUUCAAGAUCUCCAGUCAGGACUCUCGCAGAGGUUGAGGAGGUGUACCGACGGGUGGAUUCUCCGGCGCCUGCAUAUGAUGCAGGCGAGGAUUCCUUUGUACAGCAAAUUACUGGGCGAUCGCCAGCAAAACCUGUCUCCAGAAUUGAAGAUUCAGUCGAAGCUCUUGAUCAACUUGAAGAAGCAUUAGAUGCUCUUGAUCAAGCGGCCUUGGCAGAACGGAUCGUUUCUCCAGAGAAAAAGCGAUUUCCACGUCCUCAUCUGAACGAGAAAGCCAUUAUGGACAAGAAGACACUCGCGACCAAGGCUCAACCGCCCAAGAGCGGUGCCACAACAAUGCGACUUAAAGCCACGGCGCCGCGACCUUCUGUUCUCAAGAAGGCUACAUCUAUGACUUUCAAGCCCUCCCCUACGGAGCUGUCAAGAUCAUCUUCAGUGCAACUGAAGGCCCAGCCCAAGGCAAAGGCUCCUGUCAAACGCCCACUCAGUCUCAUGCCACCAAAGGAAACUGCGAAGUCAACUAAACCACCCACUCGUCCUACUUUUGAGCUUCCAGGUGAGGCUGUAGCUCGGAAAUUGAAGGAACAAAAAGAAGCUCGUUUGGCUCAGCGAGAAACCAACGAAGACAGCUUUCACACCGCUCGGGUAGUUUCAGGGCCAAAGAUCAAGUCGACAAAGCUUCCAACCUAUCCCACUUUUGAGCUCCCUGGUGAAGCAGUGUCUCGAAAGAAGCGAGAAGCUCAUGAAGCUCGUUUGAAGGCUCAAGAGGAGGAAGAUCGUAAGCGUCGCGAAUUCAAGGCUAGACCGAUCCGCAAUAGCAUCGUUCCCGACUUCGUCCCUCGCGAUACAGUUGCUAGUCGAGCUAGACAGAGCAGAAUUGGACUUGAGAAUAUGGGAGUUGAUGAUAUCUCGGUUUCUAAGAGAGGUUCAAAUGUUGGUGCUCACCGGCCGUCGAUCUUAGAGCUCAGCAAGGCCAACAUGUCUGCCCCUCGUGCUAAAGCUGCCCCUCCGGUUCGCAAGCCUACCCCUACAACACACGGUCCUUCCAUGAGUGGACGCGCCAUGCAACGCACACUCUCGACCACUGAUGUUCAAGUCCAACGUCAACGCGCACGGGACAUCUACAAUCGCGAUGCAAAGCUGGCAGAAGAUUUGGAACGUGAGAAGAGAGAUCGUGAGGCUGCUGCUAAGCGAGCUAGAGAGGAAGCUGCUGAGCGAGGACGUCAAGCCAGUCGUGAAUGGGCUGAGAAGCAAAUGGCUAGGAAGAUGGCUGAGGGCGAUAAAGGCAUGAGUGCUGGCUAUGGCCCAGGUGGUCAAAUGGGUCUGAAGUCAUGAGUGAACAGAGUCGAAUGAUGAAGUCUUGCCUGGUUUAGUCGAUGUUUUUUCAGGUUGUUAUUCUGUUUUCUUAUUAGCGGCGGUCAAUAGCGUCAUGCGUUAGGAGUUUUCUGCAUUCUUUCGUACCCCUUGACUCCUCAGAAGAGGUACAAGGUAGUUGCAUUGUUUCUGUGUUGGUUUCGUGCUUGGGAUCGCAUAGGUUUGGCAAAGGGUUCAUUCGAAAUUGUAGGAAUAGUCGUGGUCGAGUUCGUCAAGUAGUGG